AUGCAAGGCCAAAUCAAUACCUUAAGGGAUACCAUCACACAGAUGCAGACAAACGCGGGGGAGAUGUUUCAGAAUAUUCUGAACGAAAUAAGACGCAACCCUCACAACACAACCCAUAACAACACCGCGAGCGGCUCAGGCACCGGAGGAGCCGGUGGUGGUGGUCCCCACCCUCCCCCGGACCAUGGAGCGGCAAACCAGAAUAAUCAAGAUCUACUGCUGACAUUUAGGAAACACAAACCACUCUCAUUUCAAGGAGGACACGAUCCGAUCGUGGCUGUACAGUGGCUGCAGGCCAUGGACAAAAUAUUCAGAGUGAUCCAAUGUACCGAAGAUCAAAAGGUGCUAUUUUCAGUGUACAUGUUAGAAGGAGACGCCCAUCAUUGGUGGGCUAAUGCGUCUCAACCUUUGGAGAUGCAAAAUGCGGCGAUUACUUGGGCCGUAUUUGAAGAAAUGUUUCUGGAGAAGUAUUUCCCGAUGUCAAUCCGGGACAGCAAGCAAGGCGAAUUCGACCGACUCGUACAAGGGACCAUGACGGUGGACCAAUACCACGCUAAAUUCAACGAACUACUCCGAUUGGCGACUUACCGAGGAACCAUGCCCAUGCCGGAUUUUCUGAUGGCAAAAUUCCAAAGGGGUCUGUCCGCUAGGAUUGCGGAAUUGGUAGCUGGCAACGACACCUGUGACCUAGCCACCCUAGUAAACAGAUGUAGAAAGGUAGAGGCGGUAGGUUUGCAAACAAGGAAGCCCGCAGAGACCAGCGGAUCCGGACACAGAGCUCCGAUGACUAGGAAUAGACCAUGGAGAGGAAAGAGCGGAGGCAGACCAUGGCAGCCCAGGCGUGAUGACCACAAGUUUAAGAGGCCCGGGUAUCCCCGAGGAAACAGCAGCAGGGCUCCCAAUUGCCCCAAAUGUAGGAAGGCACAUUUCGGAAAUUGUUUGAGCGGAUCGACGAAAUGCUACAAGUGCGGCCAAGAUGGACACUUCAUCAAAGAUUGUCCACAAUGGAGGGAGCAACAGCCAGCAGCUGAGGCACCAAGAAUGGGCAGAGUAUACACGCUGGAUCAACAUGUGGCGGACCAGGCGGCCGAACUAGUUAAAGGUACGAUCAAUAUAUGUGGUGAAGAACUAUCUGUUUUAUUUGACUCUGGUGCAACCAAUUCCUUCAUGGCCAACUAUGUGGCAAAUGCAUUUAACUUAACUAUGAGCCCAAUGCAGUCCCCAAUGCAAGUCACCUCUGCGACGGGGGAAGUGACAACGUCUCACUUCAUAGGUAGAAAUGUAGAAUUCAGAUACAAAGGAAAGAAGUACAACCAAGACUUCAUAAUUCUCCCCUUAGCCAAACUAAACCUAAUAUUGGGAAUGGACUAG